AUGGCUGUCUUCAUUAUUUUGUCCCUGUUUAGUGUUCUGGUGACAGGCAUAGGUGAAGGCGGGGCUGGGAGUGAGAAAGGAGGUGAGAGGGAAUGUAAGCUGAACCAGCUUCCCCAUUGCCCCUCUAUAUCUCCCAGUGCCCAGCCUUGGACACACCCUGGCCAGAGCCAGCUGUUUGCAGACCUGAGCCGAGAGGAGCUGACAGCUGUGAUGCACUUUCUGACCCAGCGACUGGGGCCAGGGCUGGUGGAUGCGGCCCAGGCCCGGCCCUCGGACAACUGUGUCUUCUCAGUGGAGCUACAGUUGCCUCCCAAGGCUGCAGCCCUGGCUCACCUGGACAGGGGGAGCCCCCCACCUGCCCGGGAGGCACUGGCCAUUGUCUUCUUUGGCAGGCAACCCCAGCCCAACGUGAGUGAGCUGGUGGUGGGGCCACUGCCUCACCCUUCCUACAUGCGGGACGUGACCGUGGAGCGUCAUGGAGGCCCCCUGCCCUAUCACCGACGCCCCGUGCUGUUCCGAGAGUACCUGGACAUAGACCAGAUGAUCUUCGACAGAGAGCUGCCCCAGGCUUCUGGGCUUCUCCACCACUGUUGCUUCUACAAGCACCGGGGACGGAACCUGGUGACAAUGAACACGGCUCCCCGUGGUCUGCAAUCAGGGGACCGGGCCACUUGGUUUGGCCUCUACUACAACAUCUCAGGGGCUGGGUUCUUCCUGCACCCCGUGGGCUUGGAGCUGCUAGUGAACCACAAGGCCCUGGACCCUGCCCGUUGGACCAUCCAGAAGGUGUUCUAUCAAGGCCGCUACUACGACAGCUUGGCCCAGCUGGAGGCCCAGUUUGAGGCCGGCCUUGUGAACGUGGUGCUGAUCCCAAACAAUGGCACAGGUGGGUCCUGGUCCCUGAAGUCCCCUGUGCCCCCCGGUCCAACUCCCCCUCUGCAGUUCCAUCCCCAGGGCCCCCGCUUCAGUGUCCAGGGAAGUCGAGUGGCCUCCUCACUGUGGACUUUCUCCUUUGGCCUUGGAGCAUUCAGUGGCCCAAGGAUCUUUGACGUUCGCUUCCAAGGGGAGAGGGUGGCCUAUGAAGUCAGUGUCCAGGAGGCCUUGGCCAUCUAUGGAGGCAAUUCUCCUUCUGCUCUACGAAGCCGGUACAUAGAUAGUGGCUUUGGCUUGGGCCACUUCUCCACGCCCCUGACCCGUGGGGUGGACUGCCCCUACCUGGCCACUUAUGUGGACUGGCACUUCCUUUUCGAGUCCCAGGCCGCCAAGACAAUACGUGAUGCCUUUUGUGUAUUUGAACACAACCAGGGCCUCCCCCUGCGGCGACACCACUCAGGUUUCUACUCCCACUACUUUGGGGGCCUUGCAGAAACGGUGCUGGUCGUCAGAUCUGUGUCCACUAUGCUCAACUAUGACUAUGUGUGGGAUACAGUCUUCCACCCUAAUGGGGCCAUAGAAGUCAGACUCCACACCACCGGCUACAUCAGCUCAGCAUUCCCCUUUGGUGCUGCCCAGAGGUAUGGGAACAAAGUUUCAGAGCACACCAUGGGCACGGCCCACACCCACACCGCCCACUUCAAGGUGGACCUGGAUGUAGCAGGACUAGAGAACUGGGUCUGGGCCGAGGAUACGGCCUUUGUCCCCAUGGCUGUGCCGUGGAGCCCUGAGCACCAGAUGCAGAGGAUGGAGGUGACCCGGAAGCUGCUGGAGACGGAGGAACAGGCCACCUUCCCCAUGGGAGGUGCCACCCCUCGCUACCUGUACCUGGCCAGCAACCACAGCAACAAGUGGGGUCACCCCCGGGGCUACCGCAUCCAGGUGCGCAGCUUUUCUGGGGAGCCGCUACCCCAGAACAGCUCCAUGGAGAGAGGCUUCAGCUGGGGGAGGUACCAGCUGGCGGUAACCCAGCGGAAGGAGGAGGAGCCCAGUAGCACCAGCAUCUACAAUUUGAAUGACCCUUGGACACCCACUGUGGACUUCACUGACUUCAUCAACAAUGAGACCAUUGCAGGGCAGGACUUGGUGGCCUGGGUGACAGCUGGUUUUCUGCACAUCCCACAUGCAGAGGACAUUCCUAACACGGUGACUGUGGGGAACAGUGUGGGCUUCUUCCUCCGACCCUACAACUUCUUUGACGAAGACCCCUCCUUCUACUCUGCCGACUCCGUCCACUUCCGAGGGGACCAGGAUGCUGGGGCCUGUGAGGUCAACCCCCUAGCUUGCCUGCCCCAGGCUGCUGCCUGUGCCCCCGACCUCCCUGCCUUCUUCCACGGGGGCUUCUCUCACAACUAGGCAGUCCCUGGGAUGGAGCAUGUGGCCAAGGGCUCCAGGGCCAGGGUGUGAGGGACAGGGAGCAGCUGGGCACUGGGCCGGCAGCCUGGUCCCCUCUUCCCUGCGCCAGGACCCUCUUUCUUCCACUGCCCUGCCUCGCAUCCCCUCUAUGCCAGGAGCCUCCUGACCCUGUGAUGCCUGACACAGGGGACACUCAGCCUUUUGAUGCCAGCUGUGCUGAGUUCCCAUCCAGAGAGGUGAGGCAUGGCCCCUCCUGGAGCUUAGAGCCGUGGCCAGGCAUUUCCCCAGACCACUCCUGGUUUUCUUAACACUUUGUUUUUUUUAAUGAGACAUAAUUUACAUACCAUAAAAUCCAUCCCUUUAAAGUAUACAAUUUCAUGAGUUUUG